AUGUCAGACCCAGGUCAUAGCAUCAAUGUGAUUUUUGCGGGUCAAAAGUAUUUGGUCCCUUUACCAUUGAAUAGCGAUGCAACAUUACUGGACUUAAUGAAGUCAAUAGACUCUAUUUUACACAUUCCAUUUGAUAAACAAAGAAUAAUAUACAAAGGAAGAUCUCUUACUGAUCCUGAUGCAUUAAUUUCUUCAUCCGGUCUCACUCCUGGGUCUAGAGUUAUGAUUCUUGGUUCAGUUGAUAAACUUAAUCCAGAUGAGGCCGUAAAACUUGUCAAGGCAAAAGACACGUCUGAUGCAGUCGAUUUACAACUAAAAGACCUCUCAAACAAGCUAGAUACUAUUUUAUCUCAAAGUAAUUCUGAUAGUUUAGAGGUAACUGCACACGUAAAGUCUACAAUUGACAUUAUGGAGCAGUGCAUGCGUACUCUUGAGCUUCUGGACUCUGUUCGGUUGCCAUACAAUUGCGAAAGUGAACGCGCUUGUCGUAAGAGGCUAGUAGACACAAUACAAGAGUUUCUUGUACAGGCGGACAAGUUGAGAGCUGAAUUUUUAAAGCUUAUCAAAACAUAA